UUAAAGGAAGAAGAAACCUCUCACGUGUGCUCAAAGCAGUCAGUGUAGGAUAGCUAAGCUAUUUCAAUGACAGUAUAAAGGAGAGAUAAUUUUAUCAGAGCUUUAAACACUGUAAUUAUUACAUUUGAAUUUGACUGCACUUCAGAAACAGCACUAGGUAAAUAGAGAUCGUGGUGCAGUGUCCUUUAGCACAGUCUAUUCUGGUUCUUUGGCUGCUUUCAUCUGCAAAGCAAGAAAUGAUUCCCCUGCUAGAUCAGCUUGUGCAGGGGAGCAGGCCAGUGUUACAUGGCAGGAAUCAGUAGGGAUGACAGCUUGUCCCUUGCUUCGAGUUGCUGAGCCUGAUGGUGGUGGUGGCCAUUGUUUGUCCCAGUCCAAGCUGGAGCUCAUCCUAAAGAACAAAGGCUUCCCACUUCUCCUGCAGCUGUGCACAGCAGGGUCUCACUCUGCCUCCACUCCAGUAGCCUGGCACAUGAAAAGUCAUAAAUGAAUUCCUUGAACUUCACCAUGCUGAAAGGUGAUGUUUUGUCAUCUCUGGAAUGUCUUGGGGUUAAGCUGAAAAUGCAGAUUCAUAAUCAAGUGGUCUCACUGGCUUCCUCUUUGUGAGAAUUUCUGGACUCAUCUCUAAAGAUUCAGAGUAUGUUUCACACAGAUUCUGUGAGAGAAGAGUGCACUGGACAUUACAAGGAAACCCAGGAGCAUGAGAGAGAGAACUGCAGAGUGCUAGGUUCCAGAAACAUGUCCUUAUAUGGUCUACUUGUCAGGGACAAUAAAUAAUGAUGUAAUAGAAAGGUCAACUUUGUGUCAUUUAGCUACAGGAUGCUUGAUGAAGUGAAGUUCCUCGCAUUAAUGCAACAAAGAAGAACUUUAUAAUGGGUAAAAGUUUCUGCAGUGCAUCUUCAAGCAGGAAAUCUGAGAUUCAGAACAACUUAUAUUUUGGCUUGUAUUCGCUGAUCAUGGGGUGAUCCAGAAAUAAACUCCAGGCUUCAAAGUGAGAGAGUUUCAAAGCUGUCCUGCAGUUGAUCGAAACAUCCAGACAAGGCAGGGAGAUGAAUACCAACGAGGAUUUUCUGAAUUAAGACUAUAUCAAGAAGAUAAUUCAUUUCAAUAAUAUCGUAACUCUUUUAUUUGAGAACUAAAAGGACACAAAAAAAAAAAGAAAAAAAAAAAAAGACAAAAAUGGCUACAAUGACAACGAAGAGCCAAAGACAAACAAUAAGCUGUGAGGAAUAUAGUCUGUACAGCAGCAUGAGUGAGGACGAGCUGAUCAACAUGGCCAUCCAGCAGAGCCUGGGGGAGGAUCCGGUAGGCCAGGCAGCAGCCCAGGGCCACCCAAAGCCACUGGGAGGGGGUCCCAGCGAGGCAGCUGCCCCCAGCCGUGCCAACAGCCACAACCCUCCCUACCACCUCUACCCUUGGCAAAGAUUGGCAGCCAGAGGCCGCAUUCAGCCACCCAACGCAGGGGCAGCCUGGGCAGCCAGGCGAAGGUACGACGGCAGCCUCUGCAGCACAGCCCAGCCCAUAGAACUUGACCCUGUGGUAGCAGCAAUCAGGGAUGGAGAUGAAAAAGAGAUUUGCAACAUGAUGAAAUCAGGAAAAGACCUUUCUGAACCUAAUAAGGACGGUUGGUUACCCCUCCAUGAAGCUGCAUACUAUGGCCAAGUGGGUUGCCUGCGCCUGUUGCAAAAAGCAUAUCCUGGCACGAUUGACCAGCGCACCCUCAAUGAGGAGACAGCUCUCUUCCUGGCCACUAGCCGGGGCAACCUGGACUGCUUGCUUGCCCUGCUGCAGGCUGGGGCUGAGCCUGACAUCUCUAACAAGGCCAGAGAAACUCCCCUCUACAAAGCCUGUGAGCGCAAGAAUGCAGAGGCUGCAAGACUCCUGGUACAGUACAAUGCUGAUACCAACCACCGCUGCAAUCGAGGAUGGACUGCUCUCCAUGAGGCUGUCUCCAGAAAUGACCUGGAGAUUAUGGAUAUCCUGGUGAAAGGAGGUGCCAAGAUUGAGUCUACAAAUACCUAUGGGAUCACUUCUUUAUUUGUGGCAGCUGAGAGUGGGCAGUUGGAAGCUCUGAGAUACCUGGCAAAAUGUGGUGCUGAUAUAAACACUCAAGCCAGUGAUGGUGCUUCUGCUCUUUAUGAAGCCUGUAAAAAUGGACAUGUACAUAUUGUAGAGUUUCUUUUGUCCCAAGGAGCUGACGCUAACAAAGCCAAUAAGGAUGGCCUCCUACCUCUUCACAUAGCAGCCAAAAAGGGAAUUUGCGAGAUUGUCUCCAUGCUGAUUCCUGUGACUAGUCGCAUCCGUGUCAAGCGCAGUGGCAUCAGUCCCUUGCACUUAGCAGCUGAACGCAACAAUGAUGACAUCUUGGAAGAGCUAAUUGAUGCUGGCUAUGACGUGAACACCACCCUCUCCAAUGAACGAGCCUGCCUUUACGAGGACAGACGCACCACACCUCUCUAUUUUGCUGUUUUUAACAACAAUAUCUACGCCACAGAGCUCCUGUUGCAAGCUGGAGCCAACCCUAACAUUGACCUCAUCAACCCACUGCUUAUCUCCAUACGCCAUGGUUGCCUGAAGACAAUGAAACUGCUUCUCGAUCAUGGAGCAAAUAUUGAUGCCUACAUUUCAAGCCAUCCCACCACAUUUCCAGCUACCAUCAUGUUUUCAAUGAAGUACCUUUCUCUGCUGAAGUACCUCCUGGAUCUUGGCUGUGAUGCUCUUUCCUGUUUUCAAUGCCAGUAUGGAAACUGCCCACACCCUGCUUUAAAUUACAGGCAGGACCGAUUUAAUGAUCCUCAGCUGUCCAAAGAACCAACCAUAACGCAGUUUUGUGAUAUGGUGUCUACUCCAGAGAUAAGUCGCUGGGCUGGGCCAAUUAUUGAUGUUCUCCUGGAUUAUGUGGGUAACGUCCAGCUCUGUUCCCGGCUCAAGGAGCAUAUAGACAGCUAUGAGGACUGGGCUGUCAUUAAAGAAAAAGCAGAGCCUCCACGACCUCUUGCCCAUCUUUGUCGUGUCAAGGUACGAAGCUUGAUUGGAAGAAACCGCAUUAAACUCAUUGACACAUUGCCUCUUCCAUACAGACUGAUUCGAUACUUACAGCAUGAUUACACACAGUGACCUCAAGCAUGGUAGACUUUCAGCAGCUUCCUGGCGUGUCACUCAGAGUCAUCAGCAUGAAGUGGCACACACCAAGCUGCUGGAUUGGUCAAGUGCCUUCCAAUGACUAAUCUACAAGAAAUAAGCUUCUGGAGUGAGUGAGAAGAAAAAGGAGUGGACAUCUAAACAUCAGGUUUUACAGGAGGAAGCACACGUGAUCCACUUCAGAGCUUGGUUAGCAAAGAAAAAGAAGUGAAAGCCAAGGCUGAAAAAUGAGUAGUGCUGAAGCAAGUACCAGUGAGGGUACUCACUGAUCUGGGGUCUGGUGGAGCUUAGCAUCCUUGCUGUGAUCACAUUUCAGAAGCUGUUAAGAGUCAAAAUAUUUGGGAAAACAACUACAUUUCGUUCACUGACUGAGAUUUUUAUUUUAGUUUCUACUCCGUGUUUUGGAUUUCUGUUCAGUGUGCUGGUUGCUAAUUCUCUGAUAGUUUGACACUGUCUUGGUAAAAAUUUUUUGGACCUUUCUCAGUCGAGUACUUGAUUUCUGAACAUUCAAAGCUCAGAACUUUUAGCUAUACUCAGAUGUGCAGAUUCCUUUAAAAGCUGAGAAAAGCUUUAUUGAAGGAUGUAAGAACUGUAUUUACACCUAGCAAAUACAGUUCAAGUUGUAUUACAUAAGAAGGCAGUGAAAUUAGUGAAAUUCUGCUUGAGAUAAUUUUCUGUAUUUUCUGAUUUUCUAUACUGGGGAUUUGAAAGCAACUCAUAUAAAUAUAUAUUUCUUUUCUGUAAAUUAGAAGUAGUUGUACUGUAAACAGUAGCUACGGUCUGUCAUGAAGCUGGUGUCUGAACAGAACAAAGCCCUAGAGGAACAUGGGCAGUGAUGAGGAAGAAAGGCAAGAUACACAGGGAACAGCCACACUGCUACACGAACUUUAUCUAUUGUUCCACUAGAGGAUCUUGUCCCUAUGAAACUCAGCCUCUCUUACUUCCUUGACUUCUGUGACUAUAAUAAUACUAUGAUUGAAAAAAAGAGAGGUUAUUUCAAGAUGAUAAGACUUUGAGAUUUAGGAAAAAAAAAUGCCCAGAAGUUAGCUCUAAAUCUUUAUUCAGGUGCCCAAACAGUGCCAAGAUUCUUGUGCCAGGUGUAGUUACAUUGAAGCCAGUGGGAUAACUCUGGUGUCAGAUAUUACUGAGGUGGAAUAAGUCCUAAGAUUUAGCCUUGAAUUUCUUGACUUCAGAAUUUAGAAGUAUCUAUUAGUUCUUUUGACAUUGAUUAAAGUUAUUAUCUUAGCUUCUCUGAAAAUUAGGUCACCUAUUUACAGCUCAGAUACACAACUGAUUUAUGGCAGCUUAACAACUUGCCAUCUAUCAGCUGAAGCGCUAUAAUUGUCCGUGAAAUUCUUUUAUUGAAGUUUUUAACAAGUCACAUUCCCUCACAGCUGGGGAGGCUGAGGAGCCCACGAAUGGUUAUUGGCAGUGACUACAGCUCACUUGACAGGUGUGACUUGCUGAACCACUGAAAUUCAAUGAAUGCUUCGGUCCUGAUCAGGCGCCUAAGUAAGGAUGGAAGAGCCUAAUUUUGGAAUCAUGUCUUGGCAGAUGUUAUUCUAGAAGCAUACCCAUUCUUACCUUAGGUGACAUAAGACUUGUGAAAUAGGGAUUGUUUUGACUCCCCACCAGAGACUUGACAGAUCUGUUUUUGUUUUUUGGCCUGCAUACUAUGAAAUGAGAUAGAAAUUUAACUAGGGAAAAUGCACUGGACUGAUUUUGUGUGUGGUUUCACAACUUAACACAGCACUAAAAGUGUGUUGCGCACACAUGGGCCUAUCUGGGCACAAAAAUCCAGAUUCUGUGAUGGUUUUGUGUGAAAUGCAUUUAGCACUCAUGGCAUAGGAUGUGAAUGAAAGCAGAAAUGGUCACAGCAAGCGCACUGUCCGUAGCUGUCCUCUUCCCAAAUGUGGAAACAACAGUUUCAUUUCUCACUGAACUGUGAUCUUCAAAGCUUUAUAAAAUAAGAUGAAAUUCCUCCACUGUUGAAAUUCCAUCAGCCUCCUUGUCCUGAAGUGUGAACUCCACCAUUCUUAGAGGAGAAGUGAGGUCUCUGGAGGUACAGUGCCACCUACCCAGUAGGGCCAUUCAGAAAAUGGAGCCUCUCCACGACACCAUUUAGGAGCUGGCCACCACUGCUGGCCAUACAGAGAAGAGCUGGCUAAGCAGCCCUCUGAAGCACUCCUCCAGCCUUUGUGAGUCCGUAUUGUCAGGGAAAGAGCUGUAAUUAUAAUCAUAGAAUCACUGAAUAUCCCAAGUUGAUCAUGAUUCAUAUGGAUCAUUGAGUACAACUCCUAGCUCCACAAAGAACUGCCCAAAAAUUAGACUAUACGAUUGUAAGCGAUAGUUUGAGAAAUGGAAAGUCAUCUGUGGAAUUAUUGCAUCCCUUAGCUAAUGGGGCCUGAGCAGUGAAGGUCCAGGUCUUACUCACAUUUAUAUAAAUCAGAAGAAAUAUUGUUGAAAUUAAAUAAGUGUAAUAUAACAGAGUUGCAGGUAGUGGAUAGAGCUGAGCAUGACCUGGUGGAGACCAUUUAAGUAAGCAUUUGUUUGGUGUGUGGUGUCAGCUCUGGAGACUGCUAGCUGACAGAAGGAUUUGAAAUCACCAGCUGCAGGGAUGAGAUUUCAUAAACCAUCCCAAACUGGGAAUUUUCUCUGAACCAACAUCGUUAUGUACACAAAAGUCUCAUGAAUAACAGCUUCUUUUUAUGUCCUUGAACAAGAUGAAACUGGUCUUGGGUGGAGCAAAUACAGAAAGUCCAUUUCUUCUGUCCACCAAGAGACCUUCAUCUUUGCUGAGAAACUCAUAUCCUGGUUGCUCUGAGCUGUCUGUCCUGAGCAACAGCCACUGACCUGAUGUGAGCAUACCACAGCUGUGAGAUGGGUAAGGACACAGUGUGCACAGCAACUGAGGAGAGAUGUAUGUUAGAGGGAGAGCCUAGUAAUUACAUUAUUAUGCCCUUUCUGCUUGAUCUUUACUGCAAACUUUCACUCAGUCAGUUUACAUUUAUUUGCACUGAAAUGGAGCCAACUACCUCUCCUACACUCCAGUCACUGGCACAAUGUUUAAUGUGUGAUGCUGAAUCUGUACAAAUGUGAUGAACAUUUAGUGCAUCUGUCUAAAACUGUGAUAAGAUAAAUACCCAACAUCCCAAGCAAACUAGGCUUUAUAAGCAGAUCAAUAGUUCCAGCUCCUUCAGAGACUAUAACUUUUUGUGAUAUACAAUAGGAAUAUUUCAUGACCAGGUUACUGUACUUUAUCCUACUGCAACAUGUGCAAUUCACUUUAUGUUUGUGUGCACUAUUUUGGUUUUUAUUUUAUUUUAUACGGAAUAUUUUCAUUUACCAUUAUUUAUGAAUGCUAUUGUAGUUUUAACAGUUUAAAUUUGCACUGUUGUAGUAGACAGCAGCUCUUGAUUGUUAUGUUUCCAUCUUUCCAACAAAGUAUGAAUUAAACGAUUAGAUUCUAAAGUGUUAUCAGCUCUCCUGAAUAGCAAAAUUAAACAACUAAACAGUGGAACAGGCAGGAAAAGUCUGAAUCGAUCCAAGCUUGCACAAUUAAUAAUUCUGGUGGCAGUCUCAGGGGUGAGAGAAUAGUAAAUAUUGGUAGAGAGACAGUUGUUAUUCUUUGCACACCUUUUGAAAUGUCUAAUACAUCCGCAUUCUAUGAUUUUGAA